AUGACAGUAAGAUUUUCAGAGGAAGGCCAAAGCUGCUUAGCUUGUCUUUUGGAUGUAGCCAGAUCCAUGGGUGAUCCAGUACAUUUGCAUAUGGAAAAUGGAAAAUUGGAAAAUGGUCAGGACACACUGUGCUCAAAUGCUAUAAAUGCGUUGCGUGCUAGGAUAAUACAGGAUAAACUCUCGCGAAAAUGCAGUGAAGAGGAUCUGAAACGCAUGAACGAUGGCAAUUGGUGGCUAAGCACUUUUGUACGAGCACAUAACUAUGAUGUGGACAUCACUUAUGCUGUAAUAGCUGAAUGCAUACAAUGGCGAAGGAAUUUUCAAGUUGAAAAUAUUAGUAUCUUGGGUAUGAAACCAUUACUUGAUCGACGUGUGGCGUAUUUGCACGGAAAGGAUCUAGCCAAUUAUUCAAUUCUCUGGAUAAACCUAGCCCAAUAUCGGCCUGGAGACACUGGUUUCGAGAACGUUUUUGUAUUUUGGCUUGAACGUCACACCAUGGAAACCAAGGCUCAGCCGCUGACAAUCUUAAUUGAUAUGACGGGUGCAAGUAUGAAGAAUAUGGAUUUCAACAUAUUCAAGUUUAUGCUGCAUGCAUUGAAAUAUUAUUAUCCGAGCACUGUUCGCGAUAUGCUUGUGUUCGAAUCGCCAGUAAUGUUAAACGCAUCUUGGAGGGUGGUAAAAUCCUGGCUUGACCCGGCUCAUCCACAAAUCCAGCAUGUUACUCGACAUAACAUCAACCAGUUCGUCGACAGCAAAUAUUUGCCAUCACAUAUGGGCGGCGAGGAUACAUUUGUCUUUACUAUGGAUGACCUCGCAAAAUGCCUGCCAGCUGGGCGCCAGGAGAAUGGCAACUCGUCCGAUACCGAGCUGAUUCAAGAGAAGAACAAUCUGGACAGCGUGGUCAUGAAAAGGGCAGUGACAUUUGAUGAUCACGACGACGACAUAAUAAGGGAAGUCCCGCUAACCUUGAACUCUCGAAAAAUGAGCAAUGGGAACGGAAAUGUGAAACGAAGCAUACCCCAAACAUUGAAGCCCGUCGUUGAUGCCAGAUUGAAUAGUCCCGAGGUGGACUGGAUUAAGAAUGCCUUCCUCUAUAUUUGCCCCCGUGAUGUUCUCACUCUCCAUCGGGUUGAAAAUUUUGCCGAAUAUGUGGAAGUGGUUGCUAUUCGAAACACAUCAACCGAAUCAGUGAUGUUCAAAAUCAAAACCACCUCACCCGAGAAGUUCCGAGUGCGGCCAAGCAUGGGUACCAUAUCACCUGGAUCAACUGAAAUCAUCCGAGUAUAUCUUCAAAGUGAGUACAAAACGUCAUGCAAUAGGGAAAAAUUCUUGCUGAUGGCAUUGGAAACAGAAAACAACAAUUUGGAAACGUUUACGGAUCUAUGGAAAAAGGUCGAUAGGGAGAAGAAAGUCGAACAAAAGUUGCGAUGCAGAGUAAAUGAUGAUGGUUCAAAUGAUAGUCCUGACAAGCCCGAAAGAAAGAUUAGCAGCGGAUCUCAUCAAAUCGACCAACUUCGAGCAGAAUGCAACGCAUUACAACGCACGGUCUAUCUACUCGUACUGAUAGUCAAACAACCACGCAUUGAGAGCUUCUAUCGCCGAGCUUGA